AUUCUGCAGUAGCCGUGUUGUAGCAGCUCGCCGUUGAAGCCGUGAAGCUCACACGCACAGCAGCUCACCGUCGUCGUCCUCUCUGUAGGCCGUUGAUUCGAAGGCACGCCAGAACGGUGAAGGCACAUGGAGGAGGAUUUUGAUGCCAAUAUGGAGGAGGAUUUUGAUGCCAAUAUGGAGGAGGAUUAUGACAUCGAUGAUGUCAAUCAGCCGGAAGGAAGGAAGGUUAGAGGUAGUACAAGGCUACCAAAGUUAGCAGUACGUCAUGGUCGUAUUCAGAAGAAGCAUGUGGAUUUUGAUGCCAAUAUGAAUCCAAUUGGUGAAGAGAAGGACAGAUUCAUUAGCUAUAUAGGCUCCGUUGCCCGAAGCAAAGUCAAUAUUCUAUGGCCUAAUUGGAAGUCAAUUUCUAAGGAGACGAAGGAUAGGAUUUGGGAAUAUAUUUUGCAAACGUAUGACAUCCCUCGUACUGAGCAAAUGAAAAAGCAUUUGUUGCAGCAAGUUCGUCAGCGCUGGAAAGAUUUUAAGCACACACUCACGAGCCAAUGA